GUUCUAUUGUGUGUGUUGUUUCUCUGUGUAACUCCCUGCAAUUCAAGAACUCAGAACACAUUAUCAGAGUGUGAUCUGGAAAUAACGCAGUCUUUUCAGGAUUAUGAGUAUUUUAUGGAUGGAGACAUUGUCAUCGGAGGAGUUUUCACA